GCCACCACCUGUAUGACGGAGCAAGGAAGAAGAACCUGAGUAUGACUCGUCUCCGGUCAAAAGUGACAUUUUUUACGUAACCACAUCUUCGUCACUAUGAUUCCAGCGUUUCGGAUUCUUCGCAGUAACACAGUUGUCUUGUGUGCACAGCAGAGACUGUGCACGAAGACAGACGGGGAGCUCCGCAUCACAAACAAACUCAAGGAGAAGUUUCCUUUAGCUUCGUCCCUCAAAGUUGUGGACAUUUCAGGUGGCUGUGGUGCCAUGUAUGAAAUCCACAUAGAGUCAAGUGAGUUCAAAGGUAAAAGGACCAUUCAGCAACACCAGUUAGUCAAUCAGGCACUCAAAGAAGAGAUUCAACAAAUGCACGGACUACGAAUAUUCACUGACGUUCCAAAGCAUUAGAGAAGUGAAGACGGUGACAGUUUCAUCAGCUGUGUGAACAGUGUAGUGAAUGUAAAAUUGUACAGAAUGAAUGUGUACUUUCUUUAGUGAAACCUCUUGUACACAGAGGUUAUUACAUGAAAGCUGAGAUACGCACAAUGUACGUUUCAUAUUCCUUUAAUAAGGUGACAAGUCACACAGGGUUUUUCCCAGGUUGGAUUCUCCUCAUAGUUCAUGUUAGUUCAGCACGAUGCAGGUCUGCUAAGUGUUCCUGCAAAGAAAUACCGCUGUAGUGAUCAUUAGGAAAA